CGACUAGGUUUGGUUUUGUCCCGUUGACAUUUUUUUAAUUUUUCAUGAGAUGAUCAUUUUCUUCUCCAAGGCGCAUAUACCUCUUCAACCCAUCAUAGUAUCGAUAAGUUUGUGAUUCGCUAAUCAUUGAAGAAGUUAACAAGCCUGUCGUGAAUUCAUUUCAUCAAAUGGCUACUAAAGUCUAUAUUGUGUAUUAUUCCAUGUAUGGACAUGUAGAGAAGCUAGCUAACGAGAUAAAGAAAGGGGCUGCAUCCGUUGAAGGAGUUGAAGCCAAGUUAUGGCAGGUACCUGAAACAUUCGAUGAUGAGGUGCUUUGGAAAUGGGGUGCACCUCCCAAGAGUGAUGCACCAAUAAUCACACCAACAGAACUUGCUGAAGCCGAUGGAUUUGUUUUUGGAUUCCCAACAAGAUUCGGUAUGAUGUCAUCUCAGUUUAAGGCAUUUUUUGAUGCCACUGGCAGUCUUUGGAGAGCACAAAAACUUGCUGGUAAGCCUGCCGGUAUCUUUAAUAGCACUGGGGCUCAAUGUAGUGGCGAAGAAACUACCCCAUUGACUGCAAUUACUCAGCUUGCUCACCAUGGUAUGAUCUUCGUGCCAAUUGGAUAUACUUUUGGACCCAACAUGUUUGAAAUAGAGAAGGCAAAAGGUGGAAGUCCAUAUGGUGCAGGAACUUAUGCAGGGGACGGGUCAAGACAACCAUCUGAGCUCGAGUUGAAGCAAGCUUUCCAUCAAGGUAAGCACAUUGCUACCGUCACUAAGAAACUCAAGGGAAGCUCGUAAUUUAACUACUUUACCUGAAGUUUUACUAUAUUAAUACACAUUGCCUUUUACUCA